UGGGUCGCGGCUUGUUAUUAAGGAAUGACAGUGGAUCCCACAGCUGCAGGACGGACAGCAGUGAAGCGGCUUCAACACCGAACGAGCAAGGUAGGCAACUGCCUCGGGGUCACAGACUUGUAAAAUCUACAGUAGUCUCAUGCAAAAGUACUUGGAUAACUGCAACAACAAAAAAAUAGGAAUAUGUACAAUACCGGGACCCUGAAACUGAAGCAAACACUUGCAAUUUAACCAUCAUUAAAUGGAUUAUUUACAAAUAAAUCAUCAUGAUAAUAAAAACUAAAGAAAGUAUUUCCCGUUAAGGCUAUUCACGGAAGUGACGUCAUUGCCAUAGAUCGUAUCGUUUAAAGGAGAAUCACUCCAGUAUUCAAACAAUGUCCCAAUGACCCGAACUGGACAUGUGUACAUUCACCCACGCAUGCGCGUAUUGAUCUAAACCACGACAGUUUAGAACCCGUGUAGAAAGCAGUGGCGGGACGGUGUCACCUGACACGUAUUUGUACUCCUCUCUAGCUGAGAGUGAGUUUCCACCAUAACACCAAAAUGUGAACAGGUGCUCCUCUGCUUCUCGGUGCAGAUUUUUUUCAUUUUUAUUUUAUUUUCUUAUUAAUUACGGAAGAGUGAGAGCUCGCUCAUCCUCCUCUCAGGGCUCCGUCUGUCUGCAUGACGGUGACUUUAGUCCGAUGUGCUGCAACAACGUCCCACGUUUUCAGCGGCUCUGCGUGGAGGUUGUUUGCAGCUGACCGUCGUUGGUUCCGAUAUGUGAGAGAGAGAGUCUUCAAAAACUGCAGUUCACCUUGUUCAAACUCGGCUACAAGGUCCACGAUGAGCAAGAAGCUGCUGGUGGAUGUAGACUGUGGGGUGGACGAUGCUCAGGCCAUCAUGUUGGCGCUGGCCGCCCCCAACGUGGAGCUCCUGGGCAUCACCUGUGUGCAUGGAAACACCACGGUGGAGAAUGUGUGUAAGAACACACUGCGAGUGCUGCAAGUCUGCAGUAAACUUGAGAUUCCAGUGUUUAAAGGUGCAGCUAAGCCGAUCCUCGGGAAAAGCAUUGAUGCGGGACACUUCCACGGACAGGACGGGCUGGGAGACGCUCCUGACCCCAACGCUCCCGGUCUGGACCUGGUUCAGAAGGAGGGCGCUGUGUCGGCCAUGAUCAGGAUUGUCAAUGAGAACCCAGGGGAGGUGUCUCUGGUUGCCACGGCCCCUCUCACCAACCUGGCUCUGGCUGUGAGGAUGGAUCCGUCUCUACCGAGCAAACUCCGAGGGCUCUACAUCAUGGGAGGCAACACCGAAUCUCGAGGAAACACCACGGUGUGCGGCGAGUUCAAUUUCACUGCUGAUCCAGAAGCUGCGUACAUCGUACUGAACGACUACCAGUGUCCCACCUACUUGGCCUGCUGGGAGUUCACCUGCUACAGCAAGCUAUCCUGGGAGUUUUGCGACGCCUGGUUGGGGCAGGACACCGACAAGGCUCACUUCAUGGCGCGGGUGUUCCAGCACAGCAUCAAGGCGUCACAGAGCAAGCACCUGCAGAAGGAGUUUGUCACCGGCACAGGUUUAGUCUCCAGCGACUCGUACGCCAUGGCCGCCGCCGUGGACGACUCGUUCAUCACAGAAAGCGACCAUUAUCCGGUCAGCGUAGAGCUGACGGGCACGCACACCAGAGGCAUGAUGAUCAUGGACACUGUGGGCUUUCUGAAGAAGGCUCACAUGGCUUGCAUCAUGAAGAAGGUGGACAUGGAGAAGUUCAAGCAGAUGAUGAUGGCCGCUUUAAAAUGAUGUUAAUGUUAUGGUUUACCACAAUUGUGCGACGUCGUCAUAGAAACAGUUUUUUACACUAGAAAUCAUGUGUUUUGAUGACAGAACUUUAUUUAAAGUGUAAUAAACUCUUUCUUUACAUUUUA